GACGCCCCACAUCUAUUCAAAUCUGACAGUUUCAAUUUACAAGUUAUGGCUCUAAUUAACUUUUGAAAUUAUCUCGAUACGAUUGCAUCAUGGAAGACCGCAAAAUGCAACAGUGGACUUCUGGAGAUUAUACACCAUUGGUCAGCAGUCCCCUAGGUAGUACCUAUACGAGCGAUGUAAAGAUCACCAGAAGUGGUCCAGACACAAGAUUAUCAGAACUAGAACAACAGCUGGAGGUUGCAGAGUCGAGAUGCGGCUCUUUGAAAUCCCAAUUAGAUUACAUGAAAAUGUUGUAUCAGGGAGUGCAACCGUGCUCCACACAUUCGAUACAAACUGCUCAUGAACCUCCGCAAACUAUGCUGAAGAAUAUGAUUCGACAGUCGCCUCGACAGGAACAGCAACCGCUUCAUCAGCCGAAGAACAUUGCUGAACAGCAGCAAAAUCAGCCAAAAAACGUUGCUAAACAGUUGUCACGAGAGAGGAUUGAGCCAAUUACCGAAAACAAAGAAAACCGAGAUGACAAUUCUGCAGCUGACGAAGAUAUAAAGUAUUAUCAAUUCUUACAUGAAAUACAGAAAUUACAAGAAAUCACCAAGGGAGAUGCAGAUCAUGAGAAACUAUCUCCGAAACAAUCUCCGAAGUCUCAACGCGUAUCCCCGAGACAUGUCGAACCCUAUUGCACAGCCUUAAAUGAAAACGAAAGUAUCUCCGCAGAACAUAGACACAUAAAACAAAUACGCAGAACUCAUAAUAUGUUGAGUGCAGCCGCCAAAACAACUCAAGAAUCUUUAUCCACUCACAAGUCUCUAACUACAGCUGUAACAUCGCUGGAAAUACCAGACGUAUCGAAAGAACAUGACAUUGAUGAUGCAACAGCCUCACAACGCCCCUAUGACCAUAGCGAUGAUUAUUCGGUAUUCUUACAAAACGAUUUGGCGAUUGCGAGGAAUCUCACUAGACAAUCUAUCGCUGCGAAUAAAUCUGAAUCCGUAAAAAAUGGGGUGAUUCAGGAAAAAAGAGAAACUAAAAAACACGAAUUGGUUUUGAAAUUGUCUGAGAGCAUCGAUAGUACCCCUACAAUCAGACGAAAGAAGAUCGUCAAAGUUGAUAGGAAACAAAAAUCAGUUCCAUAUACCGGACCAGUAGUCAAAAGGGCUUUGAAUACUAAGUACGAUGAUACUUUGUCAGUAACAUCGAAAACAAAACGAAAGAAGGCCAAACUUAGGAACGCUAACUCAAGAAACACCGUAACGACCAAGGAAAUUAAUCUAACUGACAGAAAAUAUUCCAAGAAACAGAAACAAAAAGGGUAUUCCUCAGCUACGCAUGUAUCUCAUCAACCGCCAACGCCCAUCCAAAGAAUGCCUCGAACCAGAGCCGAAGUCGUUGAGAUAUAUCAUAACAAUGCCGUAGAAGGUGGCAGCGGUAGCAUUUCUAUGUCUUCGAGUAAACAUGAGGCACAGCCACAAAAUAAUGAUGCAGCAUUCAAAGUAGACAGUGGCGGACAGAUCUCCUCCCGUAAGACAUAUCAACAACAGCAGCAAGUAACUGAGCAACAAGUUCACAUUUCUGGUCAAAAAGUUUUGCAAGAGGGAAACGAUGGCAGAAUAUCUGCGCAAGAUAACACCGCAGGAGUUCAAAAAUACUCAUCCCGAGGUCAAAGGAGCCAGAGUUAUGAGAUUGAAGAUUGCAAUGCGGCAUCGGCGCAGUGCAGAUCUGCUGAACCUUUGCGAUAUUUUGACCCCACGAUAACAAGAAAUUAUGAGCUACCAACGGUAGCCUCAAAACUCAAGAAAGUCAAUAGGUCCUACUUCAACAGAUUCAAUUUCAGAAAUAUCCCAUUCGUCGUCAGCACCUCUGUUUCACCCAGCCAUAAUUUGGGCCUUAAUAUCCAACAAGUACUCAGUAUAAUGAAAACGCGACAGCCAAUGACCACAGGAAUAACGCCUUUACUCAUUCGCAAGAUGAGUAAAGGGAUCAAGCCGGUAUCAACAUUGUUAGAUCGCGCGUCUUAUAGUCCAAAAUCACCUAAAUGUUCAAUAUUAGAAACACAAAAUGACAACUGGGACGCCGUUAAGUCUAAUUAUUCUGGGUCGAUGACCAUGCAAACACAAACACUGAAUGGCGUUCCAAAAAUGCAAACAUCUUGCAACGUCACACUAGGACCGAAUAAUUCCAAGAAACUAAACUCCCAACAUCCCUUGAUCGAGGAAGAAGAGAGUGGUACAUCCGGUGAAAGAAAUUGGCCACAGCAACGGGUAAUUGGAUCUGGCAGUUGCCCAAAUGAAGUAAAAAGCUAUAACAAAAUGCUGAAACAAUAUACAUCUAGAAAGAGUUUAACAGGCGAUCCUACGUUGACCGCCAGUGCACUGUUGAGAGAGCGUCAAGAAGAAAUAAACAUCGGUGAUAAUCAGUUUAGUCAAAUCGAGAAUGGAACAAGGAGUGCAAAAGGAAUCCGUGACGUGUUGAUAAACUUACAUGAUCAGUUUGAAGAGCUAAACAAAGCGUAUGAGAAGUUGCAGGGGCAAAUGGCAAAGGCUAACGACAAAUCAUUAGCCAAGCAGGCAGCGGCAUUGGAGAAGGAACUCAAUGCUAAAGAAGACGAAAUUAAUGCUGUCGUUGGGCUCUAUAAAGAAGUUUUGUAUUUGAAACAACAGGUGAAUUCAAUUCACAGCAAAAACAGCAUAGUUUGUAUAACAACGAUCGAGAAACCCUCCAGUCCUGGUAUGAUGCCACAGGUGAUACGCAAUCAAAUGGGUAACCCCAUGCAGAUAUUUCGCAUGCGUGGUAAAAGUAUGAAUACACGUGAACCUGCAACGUCUACACGUCUCGCCGGACUCCUAAGAGAAAUUCAGUCGUUCCAAAAACAAUUAUUGUCACUGUAAACCUUUCUUCGAUAAGCUCAGUUACUGUAUUUCCAACGGUACUGUUUCAUCGAUUUGUCCAAUCAAUAUUACAGAUAGACUGGAAAAAAUCCAUGCAUGUCGAUAACUUUUGUAAAAUUUCUAUUUCUCAUAUUUAUAUGAUGCCUCUGUAACAAAUUAGUAACAAAUCAUGGAAAUUUCCAUUUGCGUGCUUUUAUUUGCAUUAAAAAUUUCUUUAGAUAUUGCGUUCGCGUACUUAAAAGAACAUAGAUUCAAAUAAUGUCCAAUUUCUGUGCCUCGCCAAUCGAUGAUCUCCAUUAACGCAUGUGGGUCCCUUCGAUUUCCCGCCCUAAUGUUAGCGCGUAAAUAGAUUUUCGUUUUGAU